AGGUGUGUAUGACCCAUUGCUGAAGCUUUACCAGGUAUGUCACAGAUGAUCUUACUGGAUUUUGUUCAAAGGUACUUUUGAGGAUUAAGAAAAAACAUGAAAUACAGAAUUACAGUUCGCACAACGUGCAGCCAUGGAGGAUGGGAAAAGUACCAAGGCGCUCAAGAUCGUUCUCAUCAUUGGCAAUGUCUUCACUGCUAUUCUCGGACUGGCUCUGUUUGCAGUGGCCAUUUGGGUGACUGUCGACAGUUACAGACUGUACCCACUGGCAGGCGUCAGCGGGAAGGACGAUAUCUUUGCUGGUGCCUGGAUAGCCAUCUUCACAGGAUUCUCUUUUUUCUGUGUUGCUAUAUUUGGCAUAUUUGCUGUGAUCUGGAAACAUCGCUCCUUGAUGAUGAUGUACCUGGCUUUGAUGCUGAUUAUCUACAUAUUUGAAUGUGCUUCUGUCAUCACAGCAGCAACUCACAGGGAUUAUCUAGUUGGCAACAGUAGUCUGGUGAAAAAACAAAUGCUAAGGUACUAUGCAGAUAAUUCUGAUGAUGGGAUACAGAUCACGGAUACAUGGAACAGGAUUAUGCAAGAGGUCCAGUGUUGCGGUGCAGAUGGCCCCAUUGACUGGAUUACAUACACCUCUACCUUCAAGCAGAACUUCCACAAUGUUUUCCCCUGGCCCCUCAACUGCUGCAAAAGAAAAAGCAACUACGAGUUUGCAGACCAAGGGAGCUGCCAAGUAGGCUACGCAGACUCCAUGUUUACCAAGGGCUGCUUUGGUUACAUUGAGUCUGUUUUCAGUAACUACACUUGGGCAAUCAGCUGGUAUGGAUUUUCUGUCCUGAUAUUUGUGUUCUUACUCUUGCUGUGUGCCAUGCUGUACUACCUGAAGCUCUGAAGACACUGUCCACACCUCCGCUGUCCUCAAAAGUUUCCCACUGCUGAAAAUAAAACCUGAACCAAGCAGAAAACCACAGAAGCACCAGCAUAGGAUGACAGACGUAUUCAGCAUUGAUUACAAAAAAAGAACCAAACUAAAAGGAUUAAACUGAAUGGGAAUUUGUGAAAAGUGAAUGUCUGAACAAUUACACUUGCAUAUACACUUUCUUUCUGGUUAUAUAAAUUCUACUGUUAAAUGACUCCUAGAUUGAAAGACAUGGAAGAGAUGGAAUCAGAAGUUUAUAUGUUUUUAUAAUAUUUGGAGAAAAUGCUCAGAUGAGUUGUUCCCCAGGUCCUCCCUCUUACCGAUUCUGAUUUGAUCAACACACAUAAGUUUAUAUCACUAUUGUUACCUGAAUACUUGGAUUCAGUUAUUUUCAGCUGUAUUUUCAGUUAUAUGUAAUUUAUUUACAUGAAAGAAUGUGGUAAGAAACCAGUCAGACCUAUAUUUAAAGAUGAUUUUACUUAUCUGUAAUCCUGGUGUGCGAACUACUUAUGUGCUUUUGUAGAUAAGACUUGGGAGUGAGUAUACAAUGUUUUUGCUAAUAUCCUAGAAUAUUCCUAAAUUUAAGCAGCAUUUCUGUUCCCAUCUUUCUAAAGUGAUCACUACACAUAACAUAUUUUUUUGUUACUGGCAUAAAAGUAAACACCUAUAUAAGUGAUGGCCAUGAUAAACUUCAGCAGCUGGUUCUAAAAACAUAUAUGAUUGGUCUUUCAGGUCAUUAUUAAUGACUUUUUUUUCAAUUUAUUCUUACCAGGCUUGCCCAAAUGUUUAUUCACUCAGAUACAAUUAUUUGGUAGAUUUGGUAGAUGUUCAAGAUACUAUGCAUAAACAACACUUGUAUGGUUGUUACUAAUCAAAUUUUAUCACUGAAGAACCCUUUAAAGUUCUGAAUAUAAAUUCUGGUUUCAACAAGUUUUUUUUUUUGUUCCCGCUGAGCAUUUAAUAAUCAUCCAUACUUACCAUUUGUCCAACACCACUUUGUAGCAAAGGGUGACCCCCAUCUGCAUGGGAUCAGUCCAUCAUAUGUAAUACAUUUACACACAAUGACACACAAAGGAGAAUUUAGAGACACCAAUCAAGCCCCGUCAUGAUUCCGACUGUGCUGAAGUGAACACUUACAAAAAUUAUUGCUAGUGACAUACACCUGGAUUUACUAAAAAAAAAAAAAAACAAAAUAAAAAAAAAAACAAAAUAAAAAAACAAAACAACAGAAAUGCUUUUGCACAUUUGUCCUACUUUAACUUAAAGAUGUAUACCUAUUUAUUCAUGUGUGUUGAUGAUAAAAUGAUGUUGAACGCAAAGUGGUGUAAUUGCUCUUGUUCCAGAAACAAUGCUAAAAAACAUUCUGGGAGCAUCAAUGAAUUUUACCCAUCAGAUACGAGUGUAUUGUGGUGGAAUUAAAUAUUCAUUAAGAUAAGUGUAAAUAUUGUAUAACUUUCCAUAUAAAAAAAAUAUUUUAACAUUCAAAUGAUUAAAUAAUCAGUUUUCAUCCA